UACAGGAAGUGAAAUACUAGGAUGAUCGUUUUGUUUUCAUUUUUAUCAUGUAUUUUUAGGUUUUCACUGAUUUCUGGACAAAGUUGAUUGUUAACGUAGACUAUUCCCGUCCAUUUUUUAUGUAAUUGUUAUUUAAAUGAUCUAGAAACCAUGGAUUUUCGACAAUGUUUAUCUUAUUUUGCGAUUUUCGCGACAAUAUUUCUACAGUAUUUGACAGAGUGCAAUGUGUUAGACGAUUACAUUCUCCACUACGAGGAAUUGAAUUAUGACACCGAGGCCGUGCACAACAGUCAUCUCCGACACAAACGCUCAAUAGAUCCAGCAGUGCACCUUGAUAUAAAUGCUUUUGAGAGGCCUUUUAAGCUGAAGCUGACAAGAGACACAUCAUCAUUUUCUAGCGAUUUUCAGCUGGAGUUCAACGGUACACUCCUAACGCCGGAUCUCUCCUUUCUCUACUCAGGAGAACUUAAAGAUCAACCCGGAAGCAAGGUUCAAGGUGCUAUCAUUCAGGGAAUAUUUACUGGCAGUAUCCAUGUUCCAAGUGAAAAAGAGGUUUACCAUGUGGAAAAAUCGAAAAGGUUUUUUGAACACAGUCCAGUCUUUCAUUCUGUCAUAUAUAGGGAAAGUGACAUGAACUUGGAUCCAUUUAGUGAAAGACGCACAAGAGAACGAAGAGAGGCCAAACAACAAGGCUCCUGCGGGAACGAUAAUGCUCAAGAGUGGAUGAGACAGACUGUUGCUAAUGAGAUAGUUACUCCUAAUGUCAGGGCUAAGAGGCAUUCAAAAGAAUGGCAAGGCAUACAUUCUGCCGCUGAAGGGUCUGCUUCGAAAUACACCGCCCAAGCCAAUUCAAAGACAUUGCAUCGUGCAAAGAGGGAGACAGUUAAGGAUUUUGGGAACCUGCGGAAUAUCAACUCUAAAAAAAACACAUGCAUUAUGGCGCUGAGGGCUGAUCCCUUCUUUUGGGAUCGCUACAUGGAGAAAGCUAACGGUAAUGCUGAAUUAGCCAAAGAUGAAAUCCUUGCUUUCUUUGACAGCCAUAUUAAAGCAAUCAGAGAGAUUUACUCCAAAACUCGAUUCCAAACAUACAACGGUGACAUGUUUUACACACAGGUGUCCUUCGUUGUGCAAAGAUCUAAGAUAAUGACUCGAACUGGAUGUACCAACGGUGAUUACUCGUCAAUGGAGCAGCCAUUCUGCAACAACAAUAUUGAUGUCAGCAACUUCCUCAACUUGAACUCGUUGAUCGACCAUGACUUGUUUUGUCUGUCGUAUGCGUUCACGUACCGUGAUUUCAUAGGUGGCACUCUUGGUUUGGCCUGGGUGGGAUCCCCAGGAGGGGCAUCUGGAGGAUUGUGUGAGAGGCGAAAACCAUUCUCAGAGGGUGGAAAGUCUGUAUCAAAGAGUCUGAAUACAGGCAUCGUUACCACAAUUAACUACGGGAAAGAAGUGGCGACGAAAGUAUCCCAGCUUACGUUUGCUCAUGAAGUUGGACACAACUUUGGAUCACCUCACGAUGUAGGAGACGCAGAAUGUGCACCGUAUGGAACGUCCCAAUCAGGUGCCUCACAGGGCAACUACAUCAUGUUUGCCAGUGCCACCAUGGGUGAUAAGCCACAUAACAGUCAGUUUUCCAUCUGUAGCAAAGACAACAUCACAAGGGUCAUACACGCAGUACUGACUAGUUCUAGCAAAUACAACUGCUUCACAGAGGAGGGAACAGCUUACUGUGGAAAUGGGAUUGUCGAAGGAGAAGAGGAAUGUGAUUGUGGUUUUUAUGAUGAUUGUGAUGAUGGUUGUUGUACACCACAAGACAAACCGUUUACUGAUGCGGCAAAGUUUUGCAAGAGAACUGAAAAUGCUCUUUGCAGUCCAUCAGAAGGGCCAUGUUGCGAUCCUGUUACAUGUUCAUACAAAAAUCAUCCUGCACAGACCACUAUAUGCAGAGCCCAACAAGAGUGCUCAGAUAUACAGUAUUGCAACAAUACUUCACCUGAAUGUCCACCUUCAGUCUUGGUGGCAAAUGGAAGAUUCUGCAAUAACUACGGCUUUACCUGUAUCAAUGGGGAGUGUGCCGGUUCGCUGUGUGCAGCUUUUGGAUGGGAGGAAUGCUUUACAACAGGAGCGUCCAAAACAAAAGAGGAACAAGAAGCCCUGUGUAAACUUGGUUGUAUGGAACACGCCAAUGGCACUGUAGCUGACUGCAUCAUAUCAAAUGACAAAAAAAUCACAGAAACUGGAAUUUACAGCAAGUAUUGGAACAUGUUGAAAAACGUGACUGACGGUAGGAAAGGCGAUGAUGACGCUACAAUAGAAAGUGGAGUAAAACUUGCGCCAGGCUCACCAUGUAACAAUUUCCAAGGGUACUGCGACGUCUUCUACCGUUGCCGUGGUGUCGAUGCGGAGGGUCCCCUUUCACGACUUAAAAACCUCAUAUUUAACCCAAAGACUUUGGAAGACAUCAAAAACUGGAUUGUGGAAUACUGGUGGGCAGUCUUGUUAAUAUCAGUCGGUGUUAUCAUAACAAUGGGCCUGUUCAUCAAGUUCUGCGCAGUCCACACCCCCAGUUCGAACCCCAAAGCCAAGCCUGCUCGAAAACUCAGUGAGACUAUGACGUUAAAACGAAGAAAGAACCAGAAUAGAGGACCUCCACAACAAGUACAGUACCAAGCAUCCAGGGGGGCUAGGCCUGAAAACGGUCAACGCGGCAAGAGCAAUUACCAGAAUAGGGAUUAUCGUGAUAAGAAUUAUCAAGAUCGAUCCCGACACCCUUAUGACGAAAGGAGCUCGCAGGGCCCUCCUCCGCCGUACCCAGGAUCAAGUACUAGCGCGUCAAGUUCCCAAUGGGGACCUCCACACGGGCACGGGAAAAAGGGAAAGGCCCGGAAACAACAAAAUAGUGUGGAAAUGGGACGUAUAUGAUCAUUAUGUUAAACAAGAAGUUAAAAUUGUGUUUUGUUAUAUAUUUAUCAUGUUUAUAUGAUGUCAUUAUAUGUGUAUGUGUUGAACUUAUGGGAAAUAGAUUUUGGCCUUCCACACAGUAUUGGACAAAAACAACAUUUCGAAAUGUGAUAUUUAUGAUACCAUUAUGUGAAAAACGUUUGCUAGUUUAUUGGCAUGUUGAUUUAAUUAAUCGUCACCUUGGUGCAAUAAUUCAAUAAUUGCAUAUGAAAAAGGAAGCAGGUAUUGAAGUAUUGCACUAAGGUGACGUUAUUGUACGCCUCUGUAAUAUAGUUAUAGAAACAAAUUGUCAAAAUAAAGCUGCAGGAAUAGAUAAGGCCUGAAAAUAAAAUGUUUGAUAAGGAGUACAUUAAAGCUUAUAUACUUGUGUUACAAUACCUAAUUGAAUGUUAAAAAACGACAGUGUCGACCUCUACAUGGACAUAUGAAAAGGAAAGGUCCAAAUACAAAUUUGUGGAAAUCUUAUGUAUGCGAUCAUGAUGUGUUAUUAUGUUGAAUUUAACAUGUAUGUUAAUAUAACUAUUAUCAUUUUUAAAAUGGAUAAGUGGAAAUCAAAUCAUGACCCUUCACAAUUGAUUUGUAAUGUUAUGUAAUUUAUUAUGUGUAAUGAAUAUUAUCAAUUAACAUUAAUUCUUGGAUUGAAAAAAUGAAAAUGCAUGGUGUAUAUUAUUUGUUGAUUUAUCAUUAUUAAAAUGCGUUUUUAUUAUGUUGAUAUAUAUUGCUUUGUUAAAAUUCUUAGUCUUAAAGCUGCGCUCUCUCAGAUUUACCGUUUUGACAACUUUAAUUUUUUGUCUUGGAAUGAGCCAAGUUUUGCGUAAAUAUCUGCAAACCACUGAUAUAAGACUGCGACCAGAAGAUCAGGUCGCAGAUUUUCAUGGUUCCGUUCGAAAAGUAAUGUUUUAUGGCUAAUACCUUUACUAACGGUUCAAGAAAAAUGCUUAAAACAGCAUUUUUUCACUUAAAUAUGACAAUCUGCCGUUUGAUUUUUUCUCAGCAGUCUUGUAUCACUGGCUUCCAUGCAUUUACGCAUAAAUUGGCUCGUUCCAAGAAACAAUAUAGAAAAAUUGUCAAAACCAUAAAUCUGUGAGAGUGUAGCUUAAAUGGGCAAAGUGUAUGGAAAAAUAAUAAGAUUGAAAUAUCAUAACAUCUCGAAAUUUAGUUUAACAUUACCUUAAGAUCACUUAUUGAAUUAAAAGCAAAUUAUUUUCAACUAUGUCCUACAUGUACUUGAACAAUAAAAUCAUUUAUUCCGAAAUAUAUAAUAUCAUUUCUUGGAUUGACCAGUUCGAAAAACAGAUCGUGCCAUACGAAUGUUGAAAAAAAGGUCCAAUAUAAAAAAACGAAAAGGAAAGAUAUUAGAUAGUUUGAAUACUAUGGUCUUUUUGGACAUCGUAAUAUUGUAGGAUAUUUAACUAUUUAAUGAUGAAUGUCAAACAUUGCUGAAACAUAGCAUGUUUUGCCUUUGUUAACAGAGGUUAAACAUGGAAAUACUGUUUAUUCUCCUUAGAUUAUGUGCACGCUUUGCCAGAUGUUUAAAUACUCUUUUCCUGAAUUUGCUGUAUUUUUUGCUGUUUUAUAAGGGGAAACUUUCUCCAGAUUGUGAAGUAUGAUUUUAUCAGAUUUUGAAUUAUUUUUCCCAGAUUAUACUGUAUUUUUCCCAAAUUUUGGAUUAAUUUUAUCCAGGUUUUCGGGAGUACUUUUUAUCAGAUUUUCAAUUACUUUCCAUCUCUUUUGGGUGCAUGUUUUAUCCAAUUCUGAACUCAAUUUUCUCAAACUUAAUGAAAUAAAUUUCAGAUUUCCUGAGUAAGAAUUGGCGUGGAUGAUCAUAGUUGUGUAUAUAAAAACAAUAGAAUUAUCAUUAACAUUUAUGCCAAAACAUGCCUUGAAUAAUGUCUGAAUAUUACAUACACUUUCUACUUUAAACAAAAUUCCUUUCAGACAAAUAUCCCUGUUGUUUCCUGGUAAUUAGGACGGUUAUUUGUCUUUAAGAUCUUAACGCAUGAGUUUCUGAAUAAUUCAUUAAAUUUUAUUUAGAUCCCAUUUGGAAAAGAAUCUAUUUUCCGAGUUAAAUCCUUCCAUGAACAAUGUAUAUAAGAAGAUACAUAUUUAUUUUUUUACCAGUUUUUUUUCUAAAUCACUGUUUAAUACAUACAAGAAACAUAUAUUUAACAUCACUAAAUCUUAAUCAUUAAAAGGUCAGUGUUAAAUGGGGAUAGAACACAUUAAGUAAGAGUGCCUGGAAUAUUCACACAUUUCUUAACUUAUAUUUUUCACAUUUGUUUCUUAGAUUUUGUAGCUCAAUUUAUCUUGUAUUCAUUCCAUUUUAUUUUGCCAUCUCUUCUCAAAUAUUUCACAAUUCUUGAUGUUAUUUAUCUAACUGAGUGUUGAGGGCUUAUCAGUUUGUAUUUUUAUGUGAAAUAUGAUACUUGAACAAAAUCAUUCUCUGAUGGCAAAACAAUUUGUGUGCAUGUAGGGCGAGAAUUCUGUUUAUUCUCAUUGUAUUUUGAAAAUAUUGACAUUUUUAUCGAAGUAUUUAAGUUUAUUUUUUGUUCUUUUAUCCUGUCUUCCAAAUCUAAUUGAGAACCUUUAUUUGUGUAAAAUAAUUAGAUAAAACGUAGCCUUUCAAACACAUUAUCCUUAUCAAUCACAACGGAUUUAUUAAGGUAUCUGAUGUAUAAAUGAGUCAUUCAUUUCAUCUCGCCAUUUGCGAUAAUGUUAAAUUUUGAUGCAUUUUGACCACAUAUAAGUUCGAAAUCAAAUUUAAAAGGGUAUUGCUAGUUGAUUUCUAAAAAGAUAAUUAAAAGACUGAAACUGUAUUAGAGAUGGGAGUUAUUACUGGUUGCCAGAGUUUCAAUUUUUCAAACAAAAAAUGUAAUGAAUAAUUUAUCUAAUUUUAUAUAUAUCUUAUCUUCACAUUAAACCCUGUCAAAUUGUACCAUACAUUUGUAUCUAUAUGGGGUCACCACGCAUCCAAAAUUGACUCAAUUGUACAUGGGCCAUAAUAUACAGUUAUACAUGUAUAUACUUGCCCUUAGCUGAAUGUUUAAACUCUGAAACAAAGGACUUGCCAACAUGUAUAUAGAUAAAUGUUAUUACAGUUUAAGAAAGUAGUUCACAACGUUAAGUGUUUGACCAUACAUAGUUAGAUAUACUGCACUUAGAACUUUAACAAAUGGACAUAAUAAAGGUUGCUGAAUUGUAAUACUCAAACACAGCUUUUACACAAAACCAAAGUCGCUGUACAAAAUACCUGUAGUUUAAAGUUUGAUAACACUGGAAAAUGGUUCUUGCCCAUAUUUAUAAAAAAAAUGACACAAUGUACUCACUCCCUAACAUCUGUAUUCAAUCAAAUUUCGUCUGAAAUUUCGUUUGGGUCGCUCUGUUAGCGGUUCACCCAGUUGGAUCUUUUCUUAAUGCAUGUGUAAUAUUAAAGAAAUGCGUUCAUAUUCUUUUAUUAUUUUACUUUCAAAUAUUUGACAAUCAAUAUUUCAUAGCAUGAUUUAACACGCGAAGGCUUCAAAAAAUAAAUGAAAAUUGAAAGUUAGAAGAAUAUAUGUAAACCCUACACAAACUUAUGGCUUAUGAAGCUCUCUAUGGAAGACAUCAAAUUGAAAAUAAAUCAAUCCUAUUUUAGUGCUGUGUAACCUUUGCUUGCUUGUUGGAAUGCUGGCUGUUCCAAUUUACACCCGGCCUGCUGCAAUAGUCUUUGUUUUUGUGUUCCUUGAUGAAUUUGUUGUUUAGCUCACAAAUGAUCUAACUGAAAUGAGAAGCAGAUAGAUCAAAACUAUUCCUCGUAAUUUGAAUGAAUUGCUUGUCUGUUUUGCGAGGUGUUUGUCGCGGUACUGUCAUAGCUUUGGUAUCAUCGCCAUAAUCGGUCUCGUCGUGAUUAUUUUGUUUUAACCCCAGCCAUAUCUAAAAAUAGUACAUACGAUUCAUAUAGUCCCACUGCAAGGCACACAACACUCGUUUUAAUAAUGUUGACUGUUGACCCUUUUAGUCUGACCUUGACCUUGACCGACUGGGAUAAACAGACGAGCUUUGCAGCCUCUUGCUUAGGUCUUCAAUUGUUAUUCUUUUUUAUUUGUGUAACACAAGGCAUAUUUCGAGGGGUGAAAGUUUCUAAGUGCCAUCAUAUAAAGAAGCAGAUUGGGCAAAUUACCCCAAUUCUGAAGUGACUCCGCAUUUUAUUAUGUGGGUUUAUCUUCUUAUUUUUAAAAAUACUUGACAGUAAAUCAAAGCAUUGUUAUACCAUAUUAGACCCUUGGCAAAUUCCCAUCCUUUGUUUUAAAACUGAAUAUUUUGUAAUUUAAAAAAUAAAUGCUGAAAAUGAUCGAUCUACUUGAUCUAUUUUUAUUGGUAACAUUUAAGAAAUGUUACUUGUUUCAAAUUUCAUUUAAUGAUUAGAAUAUAAAUAUAAUUUUUAUUUCAAAUAUGGUGUUGGAUGUCGUGAAACACUAGAAAUCAAUGUUAUUUCGCGUGAAAAUCGGUCGAUUCACUGUGGAAUAUAUAAUACAUUUAGUCCGUGAUUUUUAACCAGAUAGAACCCCUUUCAUCCCUUGAUGUGUUUAUAGAAGCUAUUUGUGUGUUAGAUGUUUGUGUAGAGAUGAUAUUCAUAUACUAGUACAUUACAUUUUCUUUCAUAUUAAAGAUCGAAACAAAUGAGAUGAAUCACAUUCAUCUGCCAUUUAUAAUAUUUGUUUUAUAUCCUGUAAUAAAUGAUACAGUCAGUCAGUCAUUCAGUUAGUACUCGAGUAGUUUUGAAUGAUAAAUGACGUCCUUUUCUGUCACAAAGUUGUCUUUCUAUAUUCAUACUGUUCUGUACAUCUUCUAUUUUGUACACCCCUUUUGUGUGAUCUAUGAUCUAAAUUUUAAAUCCAUGAAUUUUGUUAUUAAUCCACCAUUUCUGUACUUAAAAUACACGAUGAAAAUACAAUUGAAGAAUCAGUUUGAUAUGUCAUGUAAUUCUAUUAUAAUUAUGUAAAAUAAAUAACUUUUUGUAAGAUAUAA